UCCUCACCCUUCUGCCCAGCUUACUGCCUGCGUGCCUGUCUUGUCUCGACGAAUGUGCGCGCUACGCAGUGCGCUGUGCGUGCAACUUGCUUUUGUUAUUCUUGUUUUCGAGAUAUAUCAACAACGCAGACAUGCUUACGCCUCGAUUCAAGCUAACACAGGACGAUAAUCGUGUUUAUAUCAGUGUUCAUGCCCCGUAUACAAAUGUGGGUGAUACAGAAAUUGAUGUGGAUGGCGAGAAUUUUCUAUUUGUUUCCAGUCCUUAUUUUUUGAGGUUGCGUCUGCCUGGACGGAUUAUCGACAAUGACCGCUCGAAAGGCUCGUACGUAUGUGACUCAGGGGAUUUCAAUCUUACUUUCGAUAAGGAGACACCAGGAGAGUAUUUUGAGAACUUGGACAUGAUAACUAGCCUUCUAGCUCCGCGAGAUAUACCAGACAUCAACCCUAGUUUAGUUGAAAUGCUUGAAGAAGACGGUAUCACCUUCGACGAGAAUGAAAACCAGGAAUCAGGGGAUAGUUUUGGCUAUGGCUUUGCCAGUAAAAUGACUACUGAAUUUCAUGGAAUUGGCAGCGAAUUUCCCCAAAUUUUUGAAUUAAGAGCACCAGAACAAGUUUCGAUAGAUGAGCGGCACAAACUGAGAGUAAAGUAUGAAGAUAAUAAAUUCUCACCAGACCAUUAUUUGGCUGAUUACUUUGAUGAUGAACUUGUUAGCCCAUAUAUAUGCUCUAAACCUUUUUGGGAUUCUUCAGGGUUCAAUAUAGAAUCAGAUUUUACUGAAGAUGAAGUAGGUGUUUUGAAGGAAUUGCCAAAUAAAAAUUAUUUGCUAAAUAAAAGAGAGUACAAGCAAGUUUUACUUGGCUUAGUUGACAUUUUAUAUGGAUAUUGCUAUGAUAAAAGAACUACAUUGAAUGAAAGCACUGUUGAAUCUAGCUGGACAAUAAACAAAUUGUCUUCAACAUUGAGUUGGUUUUGUGUUUUUAAUGACACAAAAGAAACAUUACUAGCUUGUUACAGAAGAGCCUUGAUUUAUCCAAUAUUUAGAAAUUUUGAACUUUGCCACAAGGUCAAAAGUGAUCUGGUGUCAUUAUUUCGUAAAGGCAAGAAGUUUAUUAUAAAAUCUCUGAUAGAAAUACAUCAAAUGUUCAAUACAAGUAAUGAUGCUCGAUACAUUCUUAACCAAUUGUACAUAAAGGAUUACCUAAUAUUCGUACAGAAAUGCAGGGGUGAAGAGUUGGAUGAUUUAUGUAAUAAUAUAGCUAAUUUGGAGGUUGAGAAGAAUGAUCUUGAUUUAGAACUAGUGGAACUAGAAUCGGCAGCCGAGAUGGUACAGCAAGAUGAAAUAGAGAUAAUGGAGAAUGAAGUGGCAUUAAAAAUGGCAUCAAUGUCUUUAUUGCCAAGAAGAAAUAAUGUGAUCCUAGAGGAAAGUGAUGAAACGUCUGAUUCCAGCAGCGGUUCAUCUGAUUCUAGUAGCGAUUCAAGUUCUGAUUCAUCUGAUGAUUCCUCAGAUGAGCUGGAUUCCGAUGAUGAUCCAUCAUAACAGUAUAGGUGCUCCUAGCAUUCAAGCAAAGGCUUGUAAGACAUUGCCUAGGAUUCAACCCAUUGUCUAUGGACUGAUAGCUAUCAAAUAACAAUUGUGUAUGCAUGUGUCUUGAUUAUUCGCGAUCGAGAGUAGCUACUAUAUUUUAGUGGUUGAUGUUAGUUUUCACUCAUUUGUCACUAAGCAUAUGAUACACAAGAAUAACCAUCAAUAUUAGAAUGUGUGAGCUAUAUAAUAAUAUGUGAAUCUUGUGAUAUACGCAAUGACCUUUGGCAGGUUACAGUAAAGACGUUUACAUUUAUGGUGCACUUAGCACCACAAGAUAGGAUAAACUUUAAAGAUUUAUUAUAUUUUGUAAUCUCCUGUAUUGUCUUAAAUUUGUGCAUGUGGUAUCCACUUUAGAACUUUGCACAAUUAAUCUAAUAGUUAAGCAGGAUCUACUGUACUAAAGUAGUAUUGUAGUAGCCAAUGACUAAAAUGAAUACAUAAUACACUAAUUGCUUGGGAGCUCUGUGGUGUAAAAAUGUGUUAUCUUGAGCUCCUCUGUGCUUCAAUGCCACAUUAAGUGGUCUAGAUGUAAUUGCAAUCUUCACAACCCCUCAAUAUCUCCUAACAAAAUACUAACCCAUAAAAAACUAGCUUGAAUGAUGAAACAUAAUAAUCAAAAGGCUCUAAAAAUGCUAAAUGCGUAAGUGUGAAUUUUGUGUUUACGUAUUGUGUAAGCAUAAGUAAAGAUGUAGGUACCUAUUCCACAAUUUUCGAUGUGUUAUAGACAAUAUUCUUUUGAUGUUAAAUGGCAGAUUUUCAAAUUGUAUAUAUUUUAUCAAUAUUUUUUAGGAUACUUUAUGGGACUAGUGCUAUACCACUAGUCAGUAAUAGAAAAGAGUUUCAUGUUCACGUUUUAUGGUAUAUCUGCUUGUAAUUAUAAUUUAAAAAAAUAUUAUUUGUAGAAUCUGACGUUUAGAACUCUUGUAAUUUCCAGAAUUGGCAUUUUUCGAUUAUAUCGAUUGAAAGUCAUUUAAUAGGUAUGUACUUUUAGCAUUUAAGUUAAUUAAUUUGAAGACUGAAUAGUCAUAAAUCAAUAAAUAUUUGUAAAUUAUUCACGUCUCAACAAUGGCGUAGCUGAAGGUAUCCAAAGGCCCCAGGCCCCCAGGGCUAAAAAGAAACUAGGACCCUAACUAAACUAUUUAAACGUUUGGUUUCUGCAUUCGUCGUGUUCCGAAUUCAACGUUCAACAUAGUCGAUUUAUUAAUUGAUAAAUAACUAACUAACAUUAUUAGUUUAUGAUAAAUAACUAAGAAUUAUUAUAAGAACAAGUUGACAUUAAAAGAGGCUUUCCGGGGAUCUGGUUAAUAUUACGAAACAAUCUGGCCACGUGGUCGUGGUUUCCACAAGAACAAUUUAUAGUUUAGUCAGAUUCCGAGGGACCCCUGAGCGUUGGGGCCCGGAUCACAGCCCUCCUGUAGUUACGCCAAUGCAUCUGAGCUUUAUAAAUAACAUUUAAUUACCUACUACACUAGUAGGAUAUGUAGUUGUUAUAAUGCACAGUUUAUUAAAAUCGAUAGAAUGUUUGAAAAUAAUUAUAGUACCUUUUCAAAAGUGUAUCUGUUAUUAUAUUAUCAAGAUGUACUGAUCUUUUAAAUCAUUUAAAAUAUAUGUAUAAUCCUAAGUAAGUA